AUGGAACUUUUCAAAGACAUCAAAAAGAACAAGAGAUCUUUCUACAUUGCUGGUAUUAUCAAUAUAGGAGCUAUCCUAAGUGGUUUCGACCUUGGAGGCAUAGGUGCAAUUGUUUCCUUACCUAGUUUCAUAGCCGGGUUCGAAUUAAACACCAGCGCCUCCAAACUUGCCAACACUUCCGGCACGAUCGUGACGCUCUUGAAUGCCGGAGCCAUCAUUGGUAGUUUCGCCCCAUUGUUGGUCUCUCAGCACCUGGGUCGACGCUACCUCCUCAUGAUCUCCGGCCUUUUUUUCUUGCUCGGAGGGUCGUUGCAGACGGGUAGCACGAUGCCCGGUUUGGGUAUGAUCAAUGCGGGUCGAGUCAUCGCCGGAGUCGGUGUCGGUCUCAUCAGCAACGUCUCCCCUACCUUCAUGGCCGAGUGCGCACCGAAACAAUAUCGCGGUUUCAUGAUGAGUCUCUAUGAUUUAUACUUGAUCUUCGGUGGUCUCAUCGGAUACUUUGCCGUGUACGGGUGUCAGAUCCAUCUGGCACCCACGUCGGCUCAGUGGAGGAUCCCAUUUUCCCUCCAACUCCCUCUGGCGGCCAUCAUCGUGGUCGGGGCGUAUUCCUCCUACGAGUCCCCACGUUGGCUUGCCCGCAAAGAUCGCCUGGAUGAAAUGAGAGACACCCUGUGCAAGCUACGUGGCUGCACCGUCGAGGACCCGGCUCUGGCCACUGAGAUUGCCGAGAUCCUGGCCCAGGUUCAUGAAGAGGUCGCCGCAACUGCAGGAAACACCUUAAGAGAGUUGUUCAUCCAAGGAAACUGGCAGAGGUUGGCGUGGGGACUAUCCCUCGCCAUGUUUUCGACUUCUUGUGGACACAAUGUUAUACUGUAUUACGCUCCCACGGUCUUCAAGGACAUCGGUUAUGUCACUCCCUCUUCCACCAUCCUUGGAGGUGGCGUCAUUUUGAUCAUCAAACUCGCCGCUGUCCUUUUGUUUCUCAUCGGACCUGUCGAGUAUUUCGGUCGACGCACAUUGCUCAUGACCGGUACCUUUGGUAUGGGUGUCUGUAUAUAUAUCCUUGGAGCACUCCUUGCGGUCGAUCCACCAUCGUCGAGGAAGAGUGGUGAACUCGGCAACGGCGGAAGAGCAAUGGUCGCCAUGGUAUAUGUCUUCCAGAUUUUCUAUUCCAUCUCAUGGGGUCCGUUGCUGUGGGUUUAUCUGGGAGAAAUCUUCCCCAACCGAAUUCGAGAGUACGGCAUGGCGCCGUGUGUUGCCGCUUGCUGGGCCUUCAACCUGUUGUGGUCCAAGGUACAGCCGAUAGCUAUUCUUCAUACUGGUUGGAAAACAUGGAUGAUCUUUGGAACCCUCAAUGUUUGCGCCACCAUCCUCUGUUACUUCCUACCAGAAACUAGACACUUGUCUGUCGAAGAGAUGGAUGUUUUGUUUGGUGCGGUCGAUGGUCAAACCCGUGCCAAUGACAUUGACAAUGAACUGCACUUGAAGGGUGCAAUGGAACUUCACGAAACCGCCGACAAGACUGUUUGA